UAAAGAUUUACAAGGUAACUCGUCAAUCUGAUUAUCUUACUAUUGGUGAUACAUACAAUACUAUUGGCAUGAUUUAUCAUGAUAACAAAUAUCAAUAUGACAAGGCAUUAGACUAUUUCAAUAAGGCUAUUUUACUUUUCAAACAAUCUGAUGCUGAGAUGCAUCCAAUAAUGGCUAAACUUUAUGAUAGUAUUGGAGCUGUUCACGAAGACCAAAGAAAUUAUUCUCAAGCACUUAUAUAUUAUCAAAAAUCGCUUAAUAUUAAGAAAAAACAUCUUCCUACUAAUCAUCUUGGUUUCAGUGUAUCAUAUAAAAACAUUGCUGCUGCUAAUGGAUAUCUUGGACAUUAUGAUACUGCAUUAGAAUUCUACAAAAAAGCACUCGACAUUCAGAUGAAAUCAUUUUCACCAAAACAUCCUGAUAUUGCUGUUACAUAUGCAAAUAUGGCUGCUAUAUAUGCUGCUAAGAAUCGAUCACAACAAGCAUUAACCUACUGGCAUAAAGCAAACGAUAUCUUACGUAAUACACUAUCUCCACAACAUCCAUUAGUUAUUAAAAUUGACGAGGAAAUUCGACUUGCUGCAUCAAAAGUUACAAACCAUGAACCAAUAAAAAAGACAGAACGAAAACGUGUAACAGCAACUUAA